AUGCUGAUGCCGUUUCUUCCACUAAGCGUCCACCUGAUUUGCAAAGCCGCUCUAAAUUCAGUCGCCUCCUGUACCCUCUACGGCCAACCUUAUCUCGAAGCUGCCCUCAAUAAAGCGCGUACAAAUGGUCUAUUGACGCUUUCAAAUCACAUCUCGACGCUCGACGACCCUCUUCUCUGGGGCGCACUUCCGACGAAAUAUUUCCUCCGUUCUCGCACCACUCGCUGGACUUUGGGUGCCUCCGAUGUUAUGUUCACAAAUCCUCUUUUCUCUACCUUCUUCCGGCAUGGACAGGUAAUAGAAACAUUCCGAGGCGGGGGAAUCGAUCAGCCGGCCGUGGAUUCUGCCAUUGCCAAACUCGACGCUGGUCAAUGGAUCCACUUGUUCAGUGAGGGUAAAAUCAACCAGACCAACACAUAUCUACAACUAGAUGGCGUCGCUCAGCUUCCUAGAUUCAAAUGGGGCGUCGGCCGAAUGCUCAUGGAAACUUCGACGCUCCCUGUUAUUCUUCCAAUGUGGUUGACCGGGUUUGACCACUUAAUGCCUGAAGGUCGUCAAUUCCCGUACAAAUAUCUUCCACGAUGGGGAAAGCAACUCAGCGUAACAUUUGGGCCUCCAAUAGAUCUGACGGAGAUCAAAAGUCUACUUCAUGCGAGGAAGGGGAGCGAUGAAGAGAUGGCAAGGAUGCGGAGUAAAAUUACGAGUGUUUUACAUCAUGCAGUAGAGUCUUUAGGAAGCCACCCUCAUUUUCCGCCCUCAUCACUCGACGCCGACGCAGCUCAAGACCUGCUGCUUGUGAUGUCUGCUGCCAACAAGAUUUUGCGCACGGCCAACGCGCCAACGACCGCUCCUGACGAGACUGAGAUUUCCGUUGCUCAGGCUCUCGUUGACCUCGAAAACAACGUCCCUGAGCUCAAAACUGAGCUCCGGCCCCUUCAAAUCUCCGCCGCCCGUGAAGUGGAUGUCCGUGGCGGCAAAAAGGCUAUCGUCAUCUUCGUGCCUGUCCCUCAACUCAAGGCAUUCAGGAAGGUCCAGCAGCGUCUGACCCGUGAACUCGAGAAAAAGUUCUCUGACCGUCAUGUCGUCUUUGUUGCCCAGCGCCGGAUGCUCCGCAAGCCGACUCGUACCUCCCGUGUCAAGCAAAAGCGCCCCCGUAGCCGCACUCUCACCAAUGUCCAUGAGCGGAUUCUCGAGGACCUUGUUUUCCCCACUGAGAUUGUUGGCAAACGCACCCGUGUUGCCGUUGACGGCUCAAAACUCCUCAAAGUCUUCCUCGACUCCAAAGACGCGACUUCCCUCGAGUACAAACUCGAUUCAUUCUCGUCCGUUUACCGCCGCCUCACGGGCAAGGAUGUCGUUUUCGAAUUCCCUGUAGUUGCGCAAGAUCCAUGUUUUGACUCUCCACUUGACUUGAGCUAUUGUGUGACUGUUUGUGACGCCGAUUCAAUUCCUGUUCCCUUCCUUCAUCCAGCCCCUGCGCUGUACGGCGCCCAGCGCCUCCACUCUUUUCAUAUGGAGCAGUUUUCUGCACCACCCAUGGACCCAUAUGCUCGUUCUCGUUAUGACCAAGGGAUCGACAGCAAGAUAGUCGUCAUGGGCAACUCUGGCGUUGGCAAAACCUCCCUCCUUCAGCGCUAUACCCAGAAUAAGUUCGAGCCCAACAAUAAUGUAUCAACUGCUGGUGCUUUUUUUGUUACGAAGAAGGUUUAUGUACACGGUCUCAGAGUUCGUUUGCAACUGUGGGAUACCGCUGGUCAGGAGCGAUUUCGGAGUAUGGCUCCCAUGUAUUAUCGAGGCGCCAAUGCGGCUCUCCUGCUCUAUGACAUUACCAAUGCAUCUACCUUUAACGACAUUCGUGGGUGGCUUGAAGAACUCAAGAAGAACUGCCAGCCCGACCUCAUUAUCUAUAUCGUUGGGGCGAAAGCGGAUCUUGCCUCUUUCCGCCAAGUAACCCCCGACUUGGCACGUCUUUCCUUAAGCCGGUGGUUUCCUCCACCUGAACCGCCCCCACCUCCCAUUCCCACUCCCAUCCCGCAAGUUUCAACUCUUUCUUACAUCCGACCCCGUUUCACAUCAUUCCCUGGCUUGCGGUCUCCCCCCAUUACUCCUUCUCCAAACCCUGCCCCCGACACUCAUGCCUACCUCGACCUACAAGCCAAUGGCCGCUCUUCCGGUCUCUCUCGGAGUAACACUAGCACCUCUACCCGACCCCAGUUAAGCGCUGCAGGAUCCUCCCGGACUACGGUAUCGAGCACGGCCCGACAGCAGUCCCGAUUUGGGUCACACUUCGGUCUCAAGGUCGGAGGAUGGAGCGAAUUGCAGGACUCGAGCGAUAAUAGUCUGAAUGAGGAUGACGAGGCCGGCCAAGAAGACCCCGAUGAUGAUGGAGAAUGGGGCUUGAGCAAGGGUAUGGAACUAUUCGAGGUGUCUGCAAAAGACGACAUCGGCAUUCAGAAUUUGUUCGACCAUCUGAUUUCUGCCAUCAUCACUCGCAAAGAUCGGAUUGAGAAAGAGAAUGCACUCAAGAAACGAGACAGCGUAUAUCUUAGUUCGCUCGCGAAAAGGCGGAAAGGGAACGGGCAGCAAGAGGUUGGAGUUGUUGCGCCACUUGACUGCGACGCCGGACGCCGCCUUGUACUUUUGACUGUCUGUCCAUCUUACGACCUUUUCUCUCUCUCUCUCCACGCAAUCGCCCCGUUUCUUUUACUGCAUCUCUAA